AUGGCUAACUGCGGGGGCUGGAGUGAGGAGCCGGUCUCUAAGGACAAGCAGCGCCCUCCAAUCUACAAUCCCGAGGAUUAUGCAACUUCUUUGAAGAAAUGGGGUAAGAAGACAGGCGGUGCCAGCCUGUACGACCUGGAGGCUGGACAAGAUGCCAACAAGUCCAGGACACUGCCCAACCAGGGUAGUAAGGACUUCAGAAAUCCGUGCUUGGGUGUGGGAGAAGAGAUGACCCUCCGUCAGUUUGGAACACCCAGUGAGCUGCUGACCAAGCUCAGAGCUGAUCUACGACUGUCUUUUCCAAGUUUCGUCCAAGAGUUCUCGUGCGAGCCGCUAGAUGGCGUGACUUUAUUGCUGGAACUCUUGCGCAACGUCCAGCUGACCCAAUCAGGAGAGGGUGCGCGUGGGCCGCCCGCUGUGAGGAGAAGACCGCUAUUAGAUGAAUUAGCUUGUUUACAAUGUUUAUGGAGCUGCUGCAGUCGUUACCCAGACUGCGUACGAAGAUUAGUGUCAGGUUCCAAUGGAGUAUACACCCUCACCGUCUGCAUCAUGUCCACUGUCAAUAAAUCCAGGGUUCUAGCGUUGCAGCUCCUAACGAAAGCCUGCUACCCACCAGCAAAAGGCCACAGCAUGGUUUCCGAAGCUCUAUCCACUCUCCGUCUCCGAUAUGGUGAACCAGUUCGCUUCAGGUUCCUAGUGGGGAUGCUGCAGAGUUCUGGUGGUUCUGGUGACCUUCAGGCAGCUGGUCUCGCCUUCAUCAAUGCCCUGUUGAGCAGUGCUCCAACUCCUCAAAGGAAGCUGUACAUCCAAGCUGAGUUGGAGCAGGCUGGCUUUGAUAUUGUUACUUUGAAAAAGAUGGUAGCCAAGCUGCCGAGUGCGAACGAUCAAGUGACGAGAGAAAUAGAUGAUUACGAGAAGCAAUUGAUCGACAUUGACACGUUGAGCGAGAAGGCAAAUGAGGCUCAGAGAGAAAAAGAUGAUUUGAGGCACAAACUGGACCUGCUUGAGAAGAGAGUCAAGAUUCUUCAAGAAGAAAAAGGGAUCCUGCUGUCUUUAGAAAAAUGUUUGAAAGAGAAGUGUUGUGAACUUCAGGAGGAAGUGUCGUCACUGAGAUCUGAACAUGGUAACUCCAAUAGGAAGAAACCAUUCGCCAUGAAAAAGAAAAGUUCAGUUCAUAGAAAUAAAGACGAGUCAUCACCUCCUGAAGACGAAGGUAUCAGCUCCUCAGAGAGAUCUCUUAGCCCUGAAGGUGAUCCUCAACGAGACUCCAUGGUCUACGAAGUAUUCAAUGUCAAAAACGAAACCUACGAUCUAAUGCGAAACAAACGUACGUUACAUAAGAAACUUGAAUGCAAGAAGAAUGAUAAGAAAUCUUCCGACGAAGAAGAUGAAACCACAAUAGAUGAAGUUAUUCAAGAAUUAAGAAACAUAGUUAAUCAUGCAGAAUCAGAACAAUAUGCUAAAGAUUUUAUUGAUGAUCGGUCAUCUAGAUGUAACCAAACUUCAGAAAUCAACGUCCCUCUAGAAUGCAAGAAGCAUAGGGAUGAAAAAGAAGAUUCUAUCACAAGUACUAGACACAGUAUACAGAUUAAAGGAAAAGAAGAUUUCCCAGAUGAUAGCGUAGAAGAGGAUCAAGAGUCUGAAAUUGUACCAAGCAGAAUAGUCCCUCACCCACCUAGAAAGGCCAAGAGCCUGCUACACUUAUUUGUCCCACCAGUAGUAGACCAAGGUUUGGUCUAUAAACCACCUGAUCUUUACGAUGAUCACUUCUAUUCCAGUGACGAAGGAUCUGACUCUUUACUUAGCGCCUCAAAAUACACUAAACCAGUAAGCAAGAAACCUUCGGGUUCUAGUUUUGAUUUCCACGAGUGUCGAGCUGUUUUCAAUUCUAUUACAGAUAGGAAUAAAGAUGAAGGUAGACCUAAGCGUUCUAGGACUCGUUCCAGAGAAGAAAGUAGAAGGACAUCUAUUAAACGAAGUGAGUCCUUCCAAACUUCUGAAAAGGGAUCUAGACAGAGGGAAUACAUUGAUAGUAUGUUUUAUGGUGAAUCUCAUACUCCUCACAUGGGUUCAACGAACCCAUUGCAAAGAUCUAAUUCAAAAUGCAGCCGUGUGGACGAAAUAGUGAACCUGAUUGAGUCCAAGAAACUUACUAAAAGUCUUGACAGGAUUGAUGAGGGUCUGAACUCGAUGGUAGAUAUUGUAAUGCUGACUGAACCUAGGAAGCCUAUCUGGCCAUAUGAGAGACGACAGAGAUCCUGCUCCAGGACUAGCAGUGAUGGAGGAAACGAGAGUCCCUUGAUCCCAGUCACGAGGUCCAACAGCAAACUUACCAACAUACAUCGUUACGAUACAAAAUCCAAGGAUGAUAUUAUGAAAAUGGAAUCAAAGCAAUUUUACAUGACCCAGCCUAAGUUGAACUCUAGCCUUGAGAGCCAAACUGCUUUCAACAGCUCAACCUUUCUGGUGAAGCGUGGUCAUAGCAACGCUGGCUUUUACUCUGGCCCUCAUAUGCUUAGAGAUGCUCCUGCCAGCAUGACAAGUCUUGUCGUCACUGGUACACACAGCCACGCAGAUUUGAAGAGAAAUCUGUCUCCAAUAGGUUCGAACUCGAGCAAAUAUGGCGUCCACAAAGUGACAGAUAUGCCUUCUGGGUUGUACUAA